GGAAGUCUUCCUCGUUGUUGCUUCCGGUUUCGACAGACGGACCGAAGCUAACGGGACUCUGACUGUUUUUGCGAGACUCAGUCAUGAUUCAAACCGUGACAGCGCUGUUUUGUAAAAUAAUGAAUGUUUUUGAUAAGUUUUAAUUUCACCCCGUGUCUUUUAACUGCCACUGACGACGAGGAGCGGUGCUUUACCGGCGCUAGGCUAACUAGCUAGCUAGCUAGCGCUACUUGUAAUGUAACUGUUGUGUAACAGAAUAAGCGUCCGGGUCGUCAUGCCUCUCCUGCUGCUCGAGCGGUUCCCUUGGCCCAGUCUGCAGACAUACACGGCGCUGAGCGCUGCGCUGCUGGUCGGCACCGUCCUCACCCUCUGCUCCCCCUCCUCCUCCUCCUCCCGCCCGCUGUCCAGCCCGGAGGAGGGGGAGCAGGUGGAGGGGGAGGAGAUCCGCAGCCUCCCGAUGCACAGCUCCAGGAUCAGCCGGUGGGUCCGGGACGGUGUCGCUGGACAGCACCUGGGUGCGGGGGGGCACGGAGACGGUGCUGCGGGAGUCCUGCUGUACCUGCUGAGUGACAGCGUCUUCAUCUGGGUGAUGGUGAACUCCGCCUGCUGCGUCCUGCUGCUCGUUGCCAAACUCAUCCAGCGCGUCGUGUUCGGGCCGCUGCGCGUCAGUGAGAAGCAGCAACUGAAGGAGAAGUUCUGGAACUUCCUCUUUUACAAGUUCAUCUUCGUGUUCGGCGUCCUGAACGUCCAGACGCUGGAGGAGGUGGUGAUCUGGUGGCUCUGGUUCUCCGUCAUGGUCUUCCUCCAUCUCCUGGUGCAGCUCUGCAGCGAUCGCUUUGAAUAUUUGUCCUUCUCUCCAGCCACUCCUCUGUCCGGUCACGCCCGGGUGCUGCUGCUGUUGGUGAUGCUGCUCUCGUGCUGCGCUGGUCUGGCGGCGCUCUGCAGCCGCCUGGCUCGCAGUCAGGGCCGACACACCGCCGCCUUCAUGGCUGCAGAGUGCAUGCUGGUGACCAUCAGGACGACACACGUCAUGUUCCGCUACUCCAUCCACCUGUGGGAUGUGAACCAGGCCGGUGGCUGGGAGAAGAAAUCCUCCUGCGUCUACUACACCGACCUGCUGAUGGAGCUGCUCUCGCUGGGCCUCGACCUGCUGCAUCACACCCACAUGCUGCUCUUCAGUAACAUCUGGUUGUCCAUGGCGAGUCUGGUCGUCUUCAUGCAGCUCCGCUUCCUCCUCCUGGAGGUUCAGAAGAGAAUCCGCCGCCACCGCAACUACCUGCGGGUUCUCCACAACAUGGAGACCAGGUUUCCCGUGGCGACCACAGACGAACUGUCGGCUAAUAACGACGACUGCGCCAUCUGCUGGGAUGCAAUGAGCGCCGCUCGGAAACUUCCCUGCGGUCACCUCUUCCACAGCUCAUGUCUGCGCUCGUGGCUCGAGCAGGACACGUCGUGUCCGACGUGCCGGACGUCCUUGAACAUCGGAGGUGAAGGUCAAGACGAGAGGGAGACGAGGGAGGUCGCCCCCGACAACAUGGCCGCCGGGGCCGACGCCCGGCCGCACCUCAACCACCUCAACCACUUCUUCCACUUUGACGGCUCUCGUAUCGCCGGCUGGCUGCCCAGCUUCUCCGUGGAAGUCAUGGCCACGACCAACUUCCUGGGCAUCGCACCGCUCCACCCGACUCACCGCAACGCCAUGGCUCAUCAGAUCCAGCAGAUGUUUCCUCACGUUCCCGUCCAGCUGAUCCUGCUCGACCUGGAGGUCACUCGAUCCCUGGAGGUCACCACCGACAACAUCCUGGAGGGACGAAUCCCGGCCGCCGCUCCACCGCUGGUGACGGAGCGCCUGCUCAUUCACGUGACUCCUCCCCCCGAGGACGACGACGGACUCGGCGGCGAGUCUGAGCAGGACGAGGAGAGCGACGGCCUGGAGGACGAGGAAGAGGAGGAGGAAGAAGACGAGGCGGAGGAGAAACAGAUCGUGGAGGAAGACGAGCGGACGGUGGAGAUGCGGUUCUGUACGUCGACGGCAGCGCGACAGAAGCUUCUGCUGCAGAGGAGGGAGGAGCUUCUGCGGCAAGCGCGAAGAGAUUAUCUGAUCAAGAGCAACACGCCGACGCUUUGAUGACCGAUCACGUGAACCUGACGAAGUCUGACGGCACCGCUGAGCCCUGACGGACAUCGACUGUCUGUGGCUCCGCCUCCACUGAAGGAAAAGAGCCAGCGGCAGUUCACACGUCUUGACGCUAACUAGAGACUUGAAGUGGUCAGGAUCUGUGGCUCCGCCCAGCAGACGUGAUUGGUUUCACAUCACACAACGAUGGAUUUACAGUAAACGAAUCACAGCAGCGUGUCGUUAAACAUAGAAAAUGAAGUCACAGCUGGAGUCGAGUUUGAAUGUUUGUUUAGCCAGAAUCCCUGCAGGUGUUAAUGUUUCUGUCAGAAAAGUUCGACGGAACUGCAGAUGAUUCAUUUGUCAUGAUUCAUUCAUCAGUGUUCGUGUUUCUUUAUUUAUGUCUUUCAUCAGAACUGAAGAAAGAUUUGAGACUAAUACGGAGAAAACAGUAUAUCAAUGUUCAACACAUUAGUUAUUAAAAACUUAGAUCUUUAUGAAUAUUUAGUGUCUUUAUCAGAGAUUCUUCAGUUGUUCAUCCUGGUGAAAAUGUUUGUGAUGUUUACAGAAAAUAAAUUUUAAUUUCAAGCGA